ACAAAAAUUACUCAAACUCCGGCUAGUGGGGACAUUUUGAAUUGACCAAAGUGAUACGGCAUUCGAAAGAGUCUGUGAAAAACUUAAAAACUUAAGGCUUCAAUUGCAUCUGGCCUAUGCAUUGUUGAUGUUUGAUGAUUGACUGAAAGGAGAAGAUCCAGUAGGAUGGUGAAGAGCUUAGACACUUGAGGGCUUUUUUAUAUCCCAGGCAAGCUCAUCCCACCAAGAGCCUGUCUCAGACGCCCCGCCACACCCUAUCGAGCAUGGCCAGUCAGGAGAAGGAGGCGGAGACUCUCCCUGAGUGCAGCACGGAGGACACGCCUCUAAAGUCCGAGACCACGCCCACCAGCUCCCCGCCGGGCGAGGAGGCCGCGGGGAGCACGCUCUCGGAGAGCUGCUCGGCCGGCCUGCUCUCCAUGCCCUGCCUGCUCAAGGACCUGCGGCCCCAGACCACGAGCUCCAGCGGGGGCACGACGCGGGCGCACGAGGAGAGCGACUCCUCCCCCUGCCUGCUCUCGCCGUCCUCCUCCGGCCACCUGGGCGACUCGGACACGCAGUCGUCGGCGGAGGAGGGCACGGCGCGCCACACCGCCGGGCCCGGGCCGGCGGCGGCCGGCUCCGUGGCCGCGGGGGGGGACGCGGCGGCCCCCGGCAGGAAGUCCCGGCGCUCGCACUCGGAGAGCGACACGCCCAACGCCUCCAUGGCGGCCAAGAAGAACCGGUGCCAAGAGCGGCAGGCCAACGGGCGGGUGCGCGUGCGCGGCCACCGGAGCCGGCUGCAGAAGGAGCGCAUGCGCAUGCGCCGGCAGAAACGGGAGGCGGCCGCCAGGCGCAAGCCGGACCUGCUGCAGGACAGCAGCACGUCCGACAGUGACAUCACCGCACAGUCGUCGUCAUCUUCGUCGUCAUCGUCAUCGUCGUCAGACAAUGAGCAUGGUGCUGGCAUCAAUUCACACACACCAGUUGGCCCAGAUGUGGUGGGGCAUUAUGACCUAUCAGACACCCACUCAGAGCAGGAGCCGCCUUCUUCACACCCCCACUCACUGGCCCCCUCAGGUGAGGCAGAGGCGAAGAAGCCGCAGGUGAGUCGACCCUCCUCCGACAGUGAAGUGGAGAUUGUCGGCGUUCAGGAGAAUCCCAGGUUUCCACGUGGAGGCGUCAUCCAGUCUCUGUCCUCCUGGAAGACGGGGGCCAAGCCCACGUGGAACACAAACCCCAGCCAGUCCGGCUGGGCGCCACCCUCAGAAGUGGUGGAUUUGACACUGGAGGAGGACAGACAGAGAUACCUGCUGUGACACACACAUACAAACACAAACACACACAUAUAGCUACUGUAACAGACGCCCUCAAACACACAGAAACCUGCUGUAACACACACACACACACACACACACAACCCCUACCUGCUUUACAACAUGCUCACACACUCACGUGUGUGUCCCUUUACAUUGACAACUGCAGUAAAACCCACAAUGUUUUGUACAGUCCCAUUGAUUCUAAUGGGUGCAUACACUACAUAUCAAAAACACAUGGAGCAAACACAAACACAAACACACACACACACACACACACACACACUGCUUUGACACGCAGACAUUUACUUACACAAGCACAUUGACGCUUUGAGGUGUGUGCACUGAUCAGUACUAGCCUGGGUCCUCCUUAUCUUCCUUUAUACCCGUGUCAGGUCUUAGCUAAUAAGCAAUAUGAUUGUGUGUGUAUGUAUGACCAAGUGAGGGCCCCAUAAUAAGCUGCUGCUUGAGGAAUGUAUGUGUAGUUGUGUGUGUGUGUGUGUGUGUUUGUGUGUGUUUGUGUCUCUGUCUGUCUGUCUGUCUGUCUCUGUCUGUCUGUCUCUGUCUGUCUGUCUGAGUGAGAGAGACAGGGAAAAGGAUAUAUACUCUUUAAGAAGCUGCUGCACGAGUUGUUUGAAAUGCAGAGGCUCGAGACGAUGAAUUUUUGUUGUCGCUGCUGCACUUUAGAGACUUCACAAUCAUGAAUUCACAAUCAUGAUCGGGCGUACACUCUCAGAAAAAGAAAAAAACACAGGCUAACCUGUAAGGAGGGUUUCGCUCGUUCUCACCUGAGAGAACCUGAAUGGGUUGUCAAGUAGAACAUGGCUCUAGUACGCUCUCCCUCAUUCACACACACACACACACACACACACACACACACACACACACACACUCACACACUACACACCUCCUCCUGGAGUGCAAGUGCUGUUUGCCUUGAAGAUAACUAAGCAGAUUAUUUUCCCUUUUUAAAUUAUGUACAGACCCUCUGUUCCUGGUACUCACACUGUUAUUGUCACAUUAAGCAUAGUUUUGACCAGCUCUAACAAUUAGACUGCCAACGGUCCAGCUGGAACUCUUAGAUAACAAAGCUUUUUUGCCUUUUAUUCUUCCUCUUAUCUUCAAUUGACGAUUGUUUUGUUUUGCAUUAAGACUGUCAUGUUGAUGCCGGGUCAUAUGACAACCUCUCUGUAUGAAUACUGUGGCAUUUGAGGGGGAGACAUGCACUUGGAUAUUUAGAGGCUUAAAAGCUGUACAAACUGCUCAAGCUGUACGCAGUGGGAAAUGCUUAGGGAAUUGUGUAUGUGUAGUGGAGAACAAGGGGGUGGAUUUAUAUACUUUGAGUCAUACUUUAACAGACUGAUGAACCAGACAGCACUUCAGCAUCAUGUCAUUACAUUUCAUUUUUUUUCUUGUCUCAGUUCUCAUGGAAGGCAUUGUUUUGCCCUGUGUCUGUGUGUGUGUGUGUGUGUGUUUGUGUGUGUGUUUUGAAUGUGUGUGUGUUUGUGUAUGCAUGUGUGUGUGAGUGCUAAAUAGGGUUGCAAAUACUUGCUCCUACCUGUGUGAACUCCUGAUUUGUGUGUACUUGCCACGUGUGUGUUCCUGUAUUGUUUGUGGGUACCAGUCAAUCGCAGAUAUAAAUUCAUGUGUCACUAUGUUUUGUACUUACCAUCAUGUUUUCUGAUCUCCUACACACAUUCGAAAAGUGAUUUCUCUUUGCUGUUUUUGUUGUAGUAACUCUGAAGGGACUGUGAGAACCCUGAAAUUCCUUAGUACUGAUUGCAGGUGUUUCUGAGCAUUUAAAACAUCAGGGCCCAAACAUGUAAACAAAUGCAACAAAAACAAAGAACAAAGAUACAAGACGCAAAUAAUGCA